CGUCUGUCUAGUGGUGGGCAGUGUUUCCGGCCUCAGAAACCGUCGCAUUUCUGAGGUGACUCCUCAGCGGGCAGUUACCACCGCCUUUGAAACAUCUGGACCGGUCACCUCCAUCACUAGCUUCACCAUGGGAGCUGUGUUGGGCGUCUUCUCCCUCGCCAGCUGGGUUCCAUGCCUGUGUGGUGGCGCAUCAUGUCUGCUGUGUAGUUGUUGUCCAAACAGUAGGAAUUCCACUUUGACUCGCCUCAUUUAUGCCUUCAUUCUCCUCCUGACCACCAUUGUAUCCUGUAUCAUGCUGAGAGAAGAGAUGGAAGCUUACCUGAAGAAGAUUCCUGGAUUUUGUGACAGGGGAUUUAAAAUCAGUAUGCCUGAUGUAAAGGCUGAUGAAGAUUGUGAUGUGCUGGUCAGUUUUAAAGCUAUAUAUCGGAUCAACUUUGCCUUGGCCAUCUUUUUCUUUAUCUUCUUUCUGCUCAUGUUAAAAGUAAAAACAAGCAAAGAUCCUAGAGCAGCAAUACACAAUGGGUUUUGGUUCUUCAAAAUUGCUGCUCUUGUUGGAAUCAUGGUUGGUGCUUUCUAUAUUCCUGGGGGCUCUUUUACCACAGCUUGGUUUAUUGUUGGCAUGGCAGGGGCCGCUUUCUUCAUCCUCAUCCAGUUGGUGCUGUUGGUAGAUGGUGCUCACUCUUGGAAUGAAUUAUGGGUAAAUCGAAUGGAAGAAGGAAACCCAAGGUUAUGGUAUGCUGCUUUGCUGUCCGCUACAAGCUUCUUCUAUAUCCUGUCAAUCAUCUUUGUUGGGUUGCUCUACACAUACUAUACCAAACCAGAUGGCUGCCCAGAAAAUAAGUUCUUCAUCAGUAUUAAUCUGAUCCUUUGUGUAGUGGUUUCUAUUAUAUCAAUCCACCCCAAAAUUCAGGAGCACCAGCCUCGCUCCGGCCUCCUGCAGUCCUCUGUCAUCACCCUCUACACUAUGUAUCUCACCUGGUCAGCCAUGUCCAAUGAACCCGAUCGGUCCUGCAACCCCAGCCUCCUGAGCCUCAUUACACACAUAACUGCACCAACCUUGGCUCCUGGAAAUACAACUGCUGUGGUCCCUACCUCGCCUCCACCAUCCAAGAGGGGGCCUUCUCUGGACGCAGAGAGUUUUGUCGGGCUGCUGGUCUUUGUUAUUUGCCUUGUGUAUUCUAGCUUCCGCAAUUCCAGCAAUAGUCAAGUAGACAAACUGACGCUGUCAGGGAGUGACAGCGUGAUCCUUGGUGAUACAACUACCAAUGCUGCCGGUGAUGAAGAAGAUGGACAGCCUCGGCGGGCUGUGGACAAUGAAAAAGAGGGAGUGCAGUACAGCUACUCCACCUUCCACUUAAUGCUGUGCUUGGCUUCCUUGUACAUCAUGAUGACCUUAACCAACUGGUACAGCCCUGAUGCAAAGUUCCAGAACAAGACCAGCAAGUGGGCAGCUGUGUGGGUGAAGAUCAGCUCCAGCUGGGCCUGCCUCUUCCUCUAUGUCUGGACCCUCGUGGUUCCACUUGUCCUUACCAAUAGGGACUUCAGCUGAACUACUGAAUGCCAAGGAUACCACUGAAAUUCAUAAAGAUCUUAGCGGAAAACCUGUAUCUAUUUUAGGUUUGCUUCAACUAAAAUAUUAAGUGAACGCUUUGUAGAUUUGAGUAUAUCCAGGUAUAUAGCAGAAAGGUAAGACUGAACAAUGCUUGAUGCAGAAUCUGAACUUCUCGUUUACCUAUAUAUUAUGUUUAUUUGUAAGGAUAUAGCGCAAAGGGAACAUUUUUGUGUUUAAAGUUAACUACAGCUGUGCUGUGAAAAGAAUUCUUUAUAAAGAUUAAUAGGCUCCUAGAACUUUAGUUUAAAAUGUAAGAUAGAAAAAUAUUGGAUAUUUGAAGCCAUUGUUAAUAUAUUUCUAUUGCAGUAUCCUUAAAAAGAAAAAAAACAAAAAGGAAAAAAAGCAUUUAUAUGACAUUUCCUCUGUGGAAGUCCUUACUAUUGUGAUACAGCACUGUGUUCCGGGCUUAAACUCUUCUGAGCUGUAGUCGUAGUUCAUGGGGGAAGAAUUAUGUAUGUGGGCCCUUCGCAGAAGAAUGGUUGCUAAUAUGGCUGCUGCUUCUACAUCUUGAGUUUUUUAAUUUACCUUUUUUAUACUAUAGCAUUGAUGCUGCUUGAUUCAAGUGUGGUGCUUUGCCAGGUAUGUUAAUUUUAAUAAAUGCUUUGUGGGUUUGGUUAAAGUGAACAUUCACUUGGGAAAACACUGCAACUUCCGUCUGUGUAAUUUUCUUGUUAUGAGUAUGUAAAAGUAAAAUGCAUGUGAAUUUGUUAUAUUUGCACUAUAAAUGUAUUUGAUUAAAAUAGAAAGACUUUAAGAUUUGAAAGCCCUUUCUUUAAAUGCUUUUAUGUGUUAGCAGCCAUUCUUUAUUUUUUGGAUGGUUAGAUUUAUCAAGCAUCUAGGCAGGAUGUUCCUCUUUCUUAAUAUAUGGUCUGACUGGUGAGCAAAAAUCAUUGUAAAUAUCUUCUCUGAGUAAGACACUUGGGUAGGUGAGAGACAAGGCACCAUCAAGAAAUGUUUUCAUGAGAAGGUAACAUGCAAAAAGGUAGAAUAAAACCAUUUGUUCUGUCAACAAAGAUUCACUUUCUGUUCUGCACCAGGCCCUGUAGGUUUUGUUUGGCAGCUUUAAAUAUGUUAGACGCUCUGCCAUCUUGGACUUAAAAUUUAGAGGAGAGUGAAAAUGAGCUGACAAAUGGUUAUAGUGUGUUGAAUUAGGGCUGUGAUUUAGGAAUUGCAGAGAACUCAAAGGAGAAGCAAUUGGGGUGGAGGUGUCAUGGUAGGCUUCCUGGAGGAGAUGAUGUCUUAGCCAAGAACUGUUAGAGUUAGCUAAGGGAGAAAUGAGCAAGUAGGAUGACCUUGCUGAAGAGUAGACAAAACUGCAUGUUAAAGACAGAGAUGGAAAAAAAAUGUUCAGUAAAGCUAGAAGGGGGAGAAGGAGACAAAGAAUGAGUUAUGAAGGGCUUCAUAAACCCCACUGAAGAGUUUGGACCUUACGUUGAGGGCAGAGGAGAACAUAUUCUUAGUGCCAUGAAGAAAUUGUAUUUUAUUUUAUUUUUUUUUUGUAGAGACAGAGUUUCACUUUAUGGCCCUUGGUAGAGUGCCAUGGCAUCAUACAGCUCACAGCAACCUCCAACUCUUGGGCUUAAGUGAUUCUCUUGCCUCAGCCUCCCAAGCAGCUGGGACUACAGGCGCCCGCCACAAUUCCCGGCUAUUUUCUGGUUGCAGUUCAGCCAGGGCCAAGUUUGAACCCACCACCCUCGGUAUAUGGGGCCGGCGCCUUACCGACUGAGCCACAGGCGCCACCCAGAAAUUGUAUUUUCAAUCACUAUGGCUGAUAGAGAGUGGUUUAGAGAAAUGAGACCAGGGCCAUUCCAUAUAAGAUUUGAAAUAGAGAAGGGGAAGUUGGGAUGGGGAGAAAUUAACCUCUGAGAGCUAUUUAGCAAUUCAAAUUUUAACAUUAGCAAUUAAUUAGAUAUGUGGGAGAGGUAGAUUGCUGAGUGAUUCUGGUUUAAUCAUCUGGUUGGAUGGUGGUUCCAUAUAUUCAGGUGGGAGACAGGAAGAGGAACAGGUAUUGGAAAAAUAGAGGUAGAUGGUCCCUUAAGAAUACAAUUGGGGGCUUGGCACCUGUAGCACAGUAGUUAUAGCACCAGCCACAUAUACAUUGAGGCUGGUGGGUUCAAACCUGGCCUGGGCCAGCUAAACAACAAUGACAACUGCAACAAAAAAUAGCCGGGCAUUGUGGUCCCAGCUACUUGGGAGACUGAGAUAAGAGAAUUGCUUAUGCUCAAGAGUUUGAGGUUGCUGUGAGCUGUGACACCACAGCACUCUACUGAGGGCGACAUAGUGAGACUCUGUCUCAAAAAAGCAAACAGAAAAACAGAACUGAGAAUCAAAUUAUUUGAGUUUACAUCCCAACUUUGUCAUCUUCUAGCUGUCAAACUGGUCAGCUAAUAUUUAUUGAGUGCGUACUAUGUUUUAUGACCUUGAGCAAAUGUCUCUACCUCUCUGAGCCUCAAUGUUAGUACCUUAGUAUGUAAGAGUAUCUAAAGUCAUUUUGCAAAGUACUUGACCAAUUUUAAACACUCUGACAGUAGCUGCUAAACUCACUAUAGGCUAUAAUGAGACAGGAUGACGUUCACCGGUCAGAGAUGUUCAACCAGAAUCUGAUGGAGGCAGUACUUGAAGUAUUCUUACAGAAUUAAAAAGAUGAACAUAGGGGGAAUGGGUUUAGGUGGAGUAGAGGUGGCAGAUUAAUAUAAAUUAUUGGAACCAUUAUAUUUUAAAGCAGUGGUUUAUGUCAGAGAAUGGAGAAAAAGUUGCAAGGAAUUAAGGGAUAGAUAGGAAGAUUCAGCCCCUUAUCUCACUAGUAUAGAUGCCCACUUUCUUUAAUAGCAAGAGAGCCAGAUGAAGAGCUUUAAAGGUUCUAAACUUUAAAAACAUAACAGUGCCCUCCCUGUCCUCUGCCUUAUGUAAUUCACAAUAAAAGCAAUAUUAAACUGUAA